AUAGGGGUGAGCGUCGGGCUGGAGCAUCCCAAGCACGUGGGGGACGGACUCUUCCGAGGGCGGCGGACUGAGCAAAGCUGGAGCUCCAAGUCGAUCUGAGGAGCCUGCUGGGCCACUCCUCCUUCACCUCCUUCAAACCAGCUGAGUUCAGCCAAGUGCCCCCAGUCCCUGCCAGCCUAGUUAUCUGUCACCCUCAGGCACCAUGGUUCAUUUCUCGUCGUCAGACGUCCAGCAGCUGCUGCACAACAAGUUUGUGGUUGUCCUGGGAGACUCCAUCCAGAGGGCUGUGUACAAGGACCUGGUACUUCUGUUGCAGAAAGACUCCCUACUGACGGAAGCCCAGCUCAAGACCAAGGGGGAGCUGAGCUUUGAGCAGGACCGUCUGGUGGCAGGGGGACAGCUAGGUGAGCUACACAAUGGGACGCAUUAUCGAGAGGUCCGCCAGUUCCUGUCCAGUUCAGGCCACCACCUCCUACGAUUUUAUUUUCUCACCCGAGUCUAUUCAGCUUAUGUGGAGGAUGUCCUGACUGAGUUAGAGAAUGGACCAUCUCCUGACCUGGUCAUCAUAAACUCCUGCCUCUGGGACCUCUCCAGGUAUGGUGGUGAUGCCAUUAGAAGUUACCAGGAAAACUUGGAAUGUUUAUUUGAAAGGAUGGAGCAAGUGCUGCCUGCCUCCUGCCUUCUGGUGUGGACCCUGGCUAUGCCGCUGGGUGAGCGCAUUACAGGAGGCUUUCUGCCACCGGAGCUUCAGCCAGGGAUGGGCUCUCUACGUGCAGAUGUGUUGGAAGCAAAUUUCUACUGCUCAGUGCUGGCAGAUGAGCACCGCUUCGAUGUGCUCGACUUGCAUUUCCACUUCCGACACGCAGUUAAGCAUCGGCGUUUGGAUGGCAUCCAUUGGGACCAACACGCCCACCGCCACCUCUCACAGCUAUUACUGGCCCAUGUGGCUGAGGCCUGGGGGGUGGAGGCUCCCCGACGGGGACCCCCUCUUGGGGAGUGGAGUCAGGGGAGGGAGCAGUCGUCCCCAGAAUAUCAAGGCCAAAAGUACAAGGGGGCUUCAUCCUGGAGGCAUCCAGCCCAGCCAUCUGAGGGGACUUUGGUACCCUGGAGACAUCCAGUCCAGGGAGCUGAGGAACCUCAUUUUGGGAAUCAGUCAUCACCUCCAGCCCUGGAGUGGUACCCCUUGGAGCAGCCAGUACAAGGGACUGAGGAGUCUGCAUCCUGGAGAUGUCCAUCUCAGAGGACUAAGACAUCUCGUUCCUUCCAUCCAGUAGCCCAAGACACUGAUCAUCCUCUGACCUGGCCAGAUAGGCAGCACCAGCCCCCGUUCCUGCCUCCAUCCCAAGUCCUGCCCUUGCCCCUACCCUCACCCCUCCCUUCACCUCAAGUCCUGCCUCAAGACAGCUGCUUCUUCUCAGAUAAUCCUGUCCUGCCUGGCUAUUCCCCCCUCAACUAUAUAGCCUUUGGUGAUCCCUUACCUCCUCCUCCUGUGUUGGAUUCCACACCUGUUCCCCGGCCUUCCCCAGUCUCUUCCUCACUAUGGACAGCACCACAAUCUGGUAAUGCGACGUAUCCAGCGCCAUGUGCCUAAUGGCCCCUAUAGCCGAUCGAGGGAGAGAGGCUUCAGUAGACAGUGGUCCAGACCUGGCCAGAAACAAUGAACAACCUUCCUAUUUCCUGCCCAAGGAUUUGGCCGGACAUACUUACUUCAUUGCCAUGGGCAGAUCGCCCUUCCUAUGGAUAUAGCCAGAUGGAUUGAUUUUCACAAGUCUAUCUCCUGUUUUUUACCAAUAAAGAUAUGCCUUCCUACUGGGGCAAAAGAACCUCAUUCUGGCAUGUGGCCCUCACUUCCCACUACUAUGGCUCCCAUUAUCCAGCGUUUCUAAUAUCUUGUGCCAAAUAACUUUUACAGCUAGAAGCAGCUAGUUGAAGCAGGGCCAGAAAUCAGGAAGUUCAAAUGCAGCUUCAGACACUUACUAGCUGUGUGAUCCUGGACGAGUCACUUAACCUCUGUUUGCUUUGGUUUCCUCAACUGUAAAAUGAGUUUUCAAACCUACCUCGAAGUGUUAUUGCUAGAAGCAAAUGAGAUACUUGUAAAAGCACUUAGCAUAGUGCCUGGCAUGGAGUAGGUGUUAUAUAAAUACUUACUCCUUUCUGUCUUCCCCUUUUCCUUUUUCUUUCCCCUUCACCUUCCCCUUCCCUGGUCCAGAGAAGUGCCAUGAGUCUAAGCCAUAAACUGACCCUUGCUGUAUGCAUAGCUGGGCAAAGUGACCUUUCAUGGACAUAGCUGGAAAGACUGAUACCAAUGGUAAUGGGUGCAGCUGGAUAGACAAAUAUUAUGGAGAACUGUUUAUACCAAAUUGUAAAGGAGUAACAAUCUGUCAAUGGAAAGAGUACAUGCAUGAACAAAAUCACAGAUCUCUGAAA